GGUAACAUCGAGUGUGUAGAAAUGUGCUAUCAACAGACAAAGUCCUUCUCGUCGCUGUCAUUCCUAUAUCUCCUCACGGGCAACAACGAGAAGCUGUCCAAGAUGUUGAAGAUCGCCGAAGUUCGGGGCGACCUCAACGCCGUGGUGCACAAUUCUUUGUUCACCUGCGACAUAGAGGAGCGUGUGCGUAUGCUCGCCAUGGCCGGUCAG